GUUUCCAAACUUCAAAGGUAUACACAACACUAAUAUUACAUAAUUUUAUCAUUCGUAUUUUCAAAUUCCUUUAAAAACGACAUUGAAGUUAUUUGCAAUUACCUUACUUGCAAAUAUUACCAUUGCUGUGGUAGACUAACAAUAUACAAAGUAUUUACAUGCUGUAAAUGAAGUGUUUUGCUUCUCCGUACAAACAAGAAAAAUGAAUGACUUAUUAGUUCGCUUAUUAGGAUAAAUAUUAUUCUCAUUAAGCUAUUUAAACUAAUCAAUGCGCACAGCGUCAUUUCAUUGACAAGCUGUAUUUCGCGCGGCAGAAUGAGAGAACCAUACCCCGAAUAUCGGACGUAGAGAGAGAUGGGAAUAAUACAUGUUAGCGCGAUGUUUCCUCUUUUGGUUUUGAUUGCAACCUUUGAAUCUGUCCAAUCUUUAACAAUAACAGCCUACCACCAGUGCUUGGAUCUUGGGGCACUUAAUCCGUCCGAUGUUUCUACAUUGAACACCAUCGGCCUACAACAGUGCAUGCGAGAGUGUUUAGGGGAUAGAACCUGUUUAUCCCUCAAUUAUUGGCGGAAUGAUUUGAGAUGUACUCAGCACAGAGUGAAAACUGGGGGAGCUUACGGUCUUGUCCCAGAUUCCGAGUGUAUUUAUAUUGAAAGGCAGGACUUACCAAUGACCUUGGCGCCAGUUUGCUCAACUUCUCACUGUCAAGGUGUUUGUAAACCCCUCUCCAAAGGAGGAUUACUCUGUGAAACUAAUGGAACUACUGCCUUCUUAAAGGCAAGUAUUUUGAACAUCACUAUGCCACAACCAACUACCACUUCAAGUCUACCACAAACUGCCACUACCAUUUCUACCACCCCAGCAGUCACCACGACAACCACUACCAUUUCUACCACCCCAACAUUCACCACGACAACCACGACAACCACCACAACUCCGGCUCCCACCUGUCCCUCGGAUUAUAAAUGGGAUCCGAAUAUUCCUUUUUGUCACAAGAUUACCACCGAUCCUAAAGAAUCUUGGCCAAAUGCGCGCGCAGCCUGUCAAACUGUUGGGGCAGAUCUGGCAAUUAUUGAUGUUUCCGCCAAAUUUUCGAAAAUACUCAGCGAUCCCGAUCGACCAUUCAACUCCUUCAACCACUGGAUGGGUGGAAUAUUCAACACUACCACCAACAGUUACUACUGGAUUGACGGGAGGGACGUAGGAGCCACAUUUAGUACCACUUACGGUUUGUCAGGGGCCGCCGACACCUGCCUCUACUGGUACGACAUGUCCCCACAGACGAGGGAGAAGAAAUGCACGGUGGCGCAAUAUUCGUAUGUGUGUGAAUAUAGAAAUGGACUAUACUAA